AACCCUCCGUUCACCGAGCCAGUCUCUUUCCCUUGGUUGCACUCCCCGAGCAGGUCCUCGAUCCGUCUUUCGUUCCAGCACAUCUCUCUACGGACCUUCCUGCCGCACCCAUCGUCGCUUAAUACUGCUUCAAAAUGCGUUUCUUCUCCGCCGCCACUGCUCUCCUCGCCUCGGUCGCCGCCGUCUCCGCGGGCCCACUCAAGAGGCAAGCCGGAAACUCGACCACCACCGGAAACACCAUCACGGUCCUCGUUGGCCAGAACGGCACGCUCACCUACUCGCCGAGCAACGUCACCGCGAACGUGGGCGACACGAUCGCGUUCCAGUUCGUCUCCAAGAACCACACCGUCACCCAGAGCACCUUCGCUGCUCCUUGCGAGAAAAUGACCACCCCGGCAGCAGGCAUCGACUCUGGCUUCAUGUUCGUUGCCGCCAACGCGACGCAGUUCCCCCAGUGGAGCUUCACUGUCACCAACGCCUCGGCUCCUUUGUGGUUCUACUGCCGUCAGAAGAGCCCCGUCAACCACUGCGAGAGCGGUAUGGUGUUCUCCGUAAACGCGAACCCCGACUCCGCCAAGUCGUUCGAUGCGUUCCAGCAGGCGGCCAAGGCCAGCGCUAACGGCACCGCCGCCGCCAACGGCACCACUAGCGCGUCCGGCGCCGCGCCCUCUGGUGCCGCCGCCACCGGCGCCUCGAGCUCCGCUUCCGGCUCCGCCGCACCAGCCGCGUCCUCGACCUCGGGCAGCCUCUCUCUGAGGGCCAGCGGCAGCGCCGCUGGCAUCCUCACCGUCGUCGGUCUCGUGGCCGGUCUCGUUCUCUAAAUGACGCACACUCCUGCAGUUUCGUUCCAUCAACGCGCGCUCAAUUGCGUUUUUGGUCCCGGACAUGGGUUCUUUUUUUCCUUGGACACCGAUGAGAGAUGUAUUUUAGUUAUCCACCCUCCUUCGCUACUUUUUGUGCAUGCCUGGGUAGCUAAUUCUGGAACCCUCCAUAUGAGUGCAACAGAGACCGGUUCGCUAGGG